ACUAUUCACACUUCAUAAUAUAUUAACUGACCUCUUUUGACAUUUUAUUUGAUUAAAUAUAUAGUUAAACACAAGGAAAACAAACCAAUAAAAAAGGUAGCGUGGAGUGAAGAAGAUGAAGAACAUCGCCAGAAACUCAUCAAAUGUGCCGAGAGAUAUGCUGAAGCUCGACAAAAAGUUCUAUCUAUUCCGGGCACCUCAGUCAUCGAAGACAUCCAAUAUGCGAUGUCUCUUAUCUACGAGGAAUAUAAGGCCAAUACCUGGCCAGAUAAAUUCAAACAAAAAUAUGAUUUAUCACUUGCAGAAUCUCCAAUAAAGUAAGAUCAAUCGUCUUUUUGUUUUGUCUUUUUACUUUACUUAAAUUUGUAUAUUUACUAGGGAAGCUUUAGUUGCGGCCAGAAUCCUGGAAGAAUAUUCAGAUUUAACAACAGUUUUACAUCAAGAUCUUAAUUACGAUUGGUACUGGGCCGUUAAUGAAACUGGAGAAAUUCUUGAUAAGGCUAUAGGAUAUGAUGAUCAUCUUUAAGAAGAAGGUUUGUAACGUCAUCACCCGUGCCUCCACAACAUGAAUAUA